GGCAGCGUCGCCGCGUCCUAUCCGCGCUCCCUUCCGCAUCCCCGCCCCUCGUUCGCGCCUCCUCCCGGGGCUGAGAGUGAGGUACGCCGCCCGCCGCACACUGCGGCAGCGCCGGGUCCCGGACUGCCCGUGAGAGGCACACCCACCUCUCCCGGCCGCACCCCUGCGCAGCAGCAUGUCCGCGCUCGAGUGGUACGCCCACAAGUCUCUGGGCGAUGGCAUCUUCUGGAUCCAAGAACGCUUCUACGAGUCGGGCAACCGCGCCAACAUCUGGCUGGUGCGCGGCUCGGAGCAGGAUGUGGUGAUCGACACGGGCCUGGGGCUGCGCAGCCUCCCGGAGUACCUCUACUCCUCCGGCCUCCUGCAGGACUGCGGGGCGAAGGAGGAUGCGGGGCGCCGGCCGCUGCUGGCCGUGGCCACCCACGUGCACUUCGAUCACUCCGGCGGCCUCUACCAGUUCGACCAGGUGGCUGUGCACCGCGCCGAGGCCGAGGCCCUGGCUCGCGGGGACAACUUUGAGACCGUGACCUGGCUCUCUGACAGCGAGGUGGUGCGGGCCCCCAGCCCCGGCUGGAGGGCCAGGCAGUUCCGAGUGCCGGCAGUGCAGCCCACCCUCAUUCUGCAGGAUGGGGACGUGAUCAACCUUGGUGACAGACAGCUCACUGUUAUGCACAUGCCAGGUCACUCAAGAGGCAGUAUUUGCUUACAUGACAAAGACCGGAAGGUUCUCUUCAGUGGCGACGUGGUGUAUGACGGCUCCCUGAUUGACUGGCUCCCGUACAGCAGGAUAAGCGACUAUGUUGGGACUUGUGAACGUCUCAUAGAAUUAGUGGACUCAGGUCUCGUGGAGAAGGUGCUUCCCGGGCACUUCAAUACCUUUGGUGCUGAAAGGCUUUUUCGUUUAGCUUCUAACUACAUUUCAAAAGCUGGGAUAUGCCACAAAGUGUCUACUUUUGCCAUGAGGUCUCUGGCAAGUUUGGCCCUCCGUGUGACAAACUCCAGGACCUCCCCUUAGUGUCUGUCCUGAUCCUUUGUUGGUGUUAACUGUGUAAAUUAACUCGGUUCCCUUGUGUUAUUUAAUAGUGAGCAUUUCAAAAAGUGCUUUUAUAGAACCAUAUUGUAUAUUAGAGAAAAAGAGGGUUAAGAAGGAGGAAGCCUAAAACAGAACAGA